AUGGAGGACGCCCACGCCAAGAGCGCCGAUGAGGUGCUCCGGUUCUUCGGGACCGGGCCCGACGGUCUCAGUGAGGAUCAAGUAGAGCGAUUGAGGCAAAAAUAUGGUCCCAAUGGUAAGAUUUUCCAGUUCUUUUCGAAUUUUAGAUACUAACUCGAAUUGUUUGGCAAAUUUGAACCGAAUAUGUUGCAGAAAUGCCCACUGAGGAAGGAAAGAAGCUCUGGGAGUUGAUCCUCGAGCAGUUCGACGAUCUGUUGGUCAAGAUCCUCCUCCUCGCCGCCAUCAUCUCCUUCGUGCUGGCUUUAUUUGAAGAGCACGAAGAUCAGACGAGCGCCGUCACCGCCUUCGUCGAGCCGUUUGUCAUCCUCCUCAUCCUGAUCGCCAACGCCACGGUGGGUGUGUGGCAGGAGAGAAACGCCGAGUCCGCCAUCGAAGCCCUCAAGGAAUAUGAACCGGAAAUGGCCAAGGUGAUCAGAGCCGGCAAGCACGGUAUUCAGAUGAUCCGAGCCCGCGAACUUGUGCCUGGAGACUUGGUUGAGGUGUCUGGUAAGAUUUUUUAUCAUUUGUUCUGUUAAAAUUUAGGCAACGGACUUCAAUUAUAUUGCACUUGAUAUUUGAUGUCUAAAUUUUCAAAAACUUGAGAGUUUUGAUAAAAGUUUGGUUGAAAAAUACUAGCAAUUGGUUUUUUAGUCGGAGACAAGAUCCCCGCCGAUCUGCGCCUCACCAAGAUCUACUCCACCACCAUCAGAAUUGAUCAGUCCAUUCUGACUGGUGAGUCGGUCUCCGUGAUCAAGAAUUUGGACACCGUCCCCGAUCCCCGCGCCGUCAACCAAGACAAGAAGAACUGUCUGUUCUCGGGAACCAACGUGUCUUCCGGAAAGGCCCGUGGUAUUGUUUUCGGAACCGCUUUGAACACCGAGAUUGGAAAAAUCCGCACUGAAAUGGCCGAAACUGAGACCGAAAAGACGCCACUGCAACAAAAGUUGGACGAAUUCGGAGAACAACUCUCCAAAGUGAUCUCCAUCAUCUGCGUUGCCGUCUGGGCCAUCAACAUUGGGCAUUUCAACGACCCCGCGCAUGGUGGAUCUUGGCUGAAAGGAGCUAUUUACUACUUCAAGGUGAGGAAAUUUACUAUUUGUUUGGUGUUUAGAUGAAAUUAGAGAUGAUAAUAGAGGAUUUGAGAUGAAUUUUUGGCCAAAAAAAUCGAAGAUUUUUGCCUAGUGUAAUAUAAAAUUUGUCAAGUAUAACAUAAUUUUCGUUUAGAUCGCCGUCGCUCUUGCUGUCGCCGCCAUCCCAGAAGGUCUGCCAGCCGUUAUCACCACCUGUUUGGCCCUCGGAACCCGUCGUAUGGCCAAGAAAAACGCCAUCGUCCGCUCCCUCCCAUCCGUCGAAACUUUGGGCUGUACGUCGGUGAUUUGCUCCGACAAGACUGGUACCCUCACCACCAACCAAAUGUCCGUCUCGAAGAUGUUCACGGUCCGCGACGCCUCCAGUGACAUCAAAUUCGAGGAGUUCACCAUCUCCGGAUCCACCUAUGAGCCAGUCGGCCAGGUUUUCCACAACGGCACCCCCAUCAACUGCGCCAAUGGAGAAUUCGAGUCGCUCACAGAGCUCGCCACAAUUUGUGUGUUGUGUAACGACUCUGCUGUGGAUUAUAAUGAGACCAAACAUUGCUAUGAAAAAGUUGGAGAAGCCACCGAGACCGCAUUGGUUGUCCUGGCCGAGAAAAUGAACGUCUACGGCACCCAGAAGUCGGGCCUCUCUCCCAGAGACCUGGGCAACGUCUGCAACCGCGUCAUCCAGCAGAAAUGGAACAAGGAAUUCACACUAGAGUUCUCCCGUGACCGCAAGUCCAUGUCGUCGUACUGCACCCCCGCCUCGGGCGGAUCCGGCGCUAAAAUGUUCGUCAAAGGCGCACCAGAAGGUGUCCUGAACAGAUGCACCCAUGUAAGAGUAAAUGGACAGAAAUUGCCCCUGACCCCGGCCAUGACUCAGAAGAUUGUCGACCAGUGUGUCCAGUACGGAACUGGCCGUGAUACCCUUAGAUGUUUGGCGUUGGGAACUGUGGAUUCACCACCAAGCCCGUCGAGGUAGGAGGGGAGGAAAAAUAGUAUAAAAAAUAAAAAUUUGAAGGGCAAAUGGGGAGUUGGACGGGAAAUUAGGAGGUUUGGAUAUUACUUUAGGCAAUUUUGCGGAUUUUUUGAGUUUUUUGAAGGAGUUGAAGUUUGAAAAAUGUUCUGUGGGCCACUACAGGGUCUCGAAAAGGAUUUUCAUCUUGAUUUUUGUACAGGGGACUUGAGUUUUUACCUAAAAUAAGGUCUUUUGGAUAUUACUUUAGGAAAUUUUGGUUGAUUUUUGAGUUUUGUUUAUCUUGAAUAAGCCUCAAAAAGUUGUUCAGAAGGCUAUUUAGGAGUCUCUUAUAGGAUUUAGAAACUAAUUUUUAUUGGGUAUCUCUAAAUUUACUCAACUUUUUUUCAGCAUGAACCUCGAAGACUCGAACAAAUUCGCCGAGUACGAAAGAGACAUUACCUUCGUCGGAGUGGUCGGCAUGUUGGAUCCCCCUCGUAUGGAAGUUUCGGGCUCCAUUGUGUCAUGCCGCGAAGCCGGCAUCCGCGUCAUCAUGAUCACCGGAGACAACAAGAACACAGCCGAAGCCAUUGGACGCCGAAUCGGGCUGUUCACCGAGUCCGAAGACACGUACGGCAAGUCCUACACUGGCCGCGAGUUCGACGACCUUCCCCCAGAGCAGCAAUCGGACGCGUGCCGCCGCGCCAAACUGUUUGCGCGCGUGGAACCCGCCCACAAGUCGAAGAUUGUGGAGUAUUUGCAAAGCCACGGCGAAAUCACCGCCAUGACCGGCGACGGUGUGAACGACGCCCCCGCCCUGAAAAAAGCGGAAAUCGGAAUUGCCAUGGGCUCGGGAACAGCGGUCGCCAAGUCCGCCGCCGAAAUGGUUCUCGCCGACGACAACUUCUCCACCAUUGUCGCCGCCGUGGAAGAAGGACGUGCCAUCUAUAACAACAUGAAGCAGUUCAUCCGCUACCUGAUCUCCUCCAACAUUGGCGAAGUGGUCUCCAUCUUCAUGGUCGCCGCUCUCGGCAUCCCCGAAGCGCUCAUCCCCGUUCAGUUGCUCUGGGUCAACCUUGUGACUGAUGGCCUACCAGCCACCGCCCUUGGAUUCAACCCUCCCGAUUUGGACAUUAUGGACCGACCACCCAGGUCCGCCACCGAAAGCUUGAUCUCCAAGUGGUUGUUCUUCCGUUAUAUGGCGAUUGGAAGUGAGUGGAGGGGGUUUUAAGGGGCCUUGGGAUAUUGUAGUAGAUGGUGUGUGGGAGGAGGGGAAUUGGGCAUAGUGGAAAGUUGAGGUGGUUCAGGUGGAGAAAAAGGACUGAAUUAGAUUUAGUGGGGCAUAAUUUAGAUGUGGGAAUGAUUUUUGGGGCAAUUUUGACAUGGGGUGACAUUUUAUACGAUAAAUUUUCUUUUUGAAUUUUUGAUGAAAAUAGAUAAAGUUUAUUGGAUAAAAAGGGCAUAAUUAGAUGUAAUAGGGCCUAGUGGAGUUGUGGGAAUGAGUUUUGGAGUAAUUUUGGCAUGGGCGACAUUUUAUACGAUAAAAAAUUUCUUGGAAUUUUGAUGGAAAUUGAUAUAGUUAGUGGGAUAAAAAGGACUGAAUUAGGUUUAAUAAGGCCUAGUGGAGGUGUGGGAAUGUUUUUGAGUCUAAUUUUGACAUGGGGCGACAUUUUAUACAAUAAUUUUUUUUUUGCGUUUUUGAUCAAAAUAGAUAAAGUUAAUGUCUAAGAUAAAUAAAAAUGGAAGAAAAAACGUCUAAAACACCUAUUAAGUAGAUUUACACUCGAAAUGCGUCGGUAUAAAAAUUUUGGGCACAAAAUUUGACAAAAGUUAUAUUCACCCUGCCACUUUCAGCCUAUGUCGGUGUUGCCACCGUCGGAGCGUCGAUGUGGUGGUUCCUGCUCUACGAGGAGGGUCCUCAAAUCAGCUACUACCAACUCACACACUGGAUGCGCUGCGAGAUCGAGCCCGAGAACUUUGCGGACCUGGAUUGCGCGGUGUUCGAGGAUAACCACCCGAACGCGAUGGCGCUCUCCGUUUUGGUGACCAUCGAGAUGCUGAACGCGGUGAACUCGCUGUCCGAGAACCAGUCCAUCCUGAAGAUGCCGCCGUGGACCAACAUCUGGCUGUGCGCCGCCAUCGCCCUGUCCAUGUCGCUGCACUUUGUGAUCCUGUACGUGGACAUCAUGUCCACCAUCUUCCAGAUCACCCCACUGUCGGUGGUGGAGUGGAUCGCGGUGCUGAAGAUCUCGCUGCCCGUCAUCCUGCUCGAUGAAGUCCUCAAGUUCAUCGCCAGAAACUAUGUUGAAGGUUGGUUUGGGAUUUUGAGGAUUUUUUUUGGAUUGUUUUUCAUUUUUGGAGAGCUUUGCCAUGGAUAAUAUAAAAAUUUUUUUUGAAUUAACCAGAAUGGGAAUAUUUUCUUGGUUCCCAAACGUUUUCUUUGGAUUUUUGACUAAUUCUGGGUGCUUUUGACAAAGAUGCCUGAGGGCAUGCCUAAUUUGGUGAAGGAAUUUAACGACUGCUUAGUUUUUUUUUUAUAAAAUUUUUGGCGAAAUUUUUGGUUUUCUAGCCGAAAAUAAGAUGAUUUGAAGGGAAAUUAAAGAGGAAAGUGGAUGAGAAUGCUAGAAAAAAGUGUUUUUCCAUGUCCUGUCCGUGUCCGGCCGCGCGCCAGAAAUGUCCGAAAAGAAUGAAAUUUCCGCCCCUAAAACUAUGAACACACUAACUUUUCCCCCUAAACCUUUGUGCUUGAUUUUUAGACCAAAAAUCCGCCCUGGAACAGCUGCAACAGCACGAAGCGGAGGUGGAACGACGGCGACAAGGCAUCAAGAAGAUCCGCCCGUCGGCGGAACCACCCAAGAAACACCGCCGGAACCCGUGGUUCUGGCCGCAGUUGGCCCUGUUUUUCGUCGCCAUCGGCGCCUACUUUUACUUCAUUCUCGCGCCGUACGGCGCCGAACUCUCACACGCCGCUGGCAUACGACAAGGCGGACCGAACGUCAACUUUUUCAAACAUAAAAUCGAACUUUGA